GUGUACCUCACAUUUAUGGCCCAACUAUUGAUACUUCAGAGCCAGCUCGCAGGUGAACGUGAGUCUUGCCCAAUUCGGAAGCCCAAGCCCCCGAAAACCUUUCUUCUGGGUCUUGCGUUUCCAGCGGGGACAGAGUGUGACCUACUGAUGCACGACACCCAGAGACCCACACACUCGGCCCAAACUCGAGGUAGCUGGAAGCCCGGAGCUGUUGACUGCGCGGCUGAUUCUUCUCUGCGACGGAGCUUCGGGUCCCGAAGAUUUGCUCGAACUACAGCCGAAGCCGAAGCCGAAUCCGAACCGCAGACACAGGUGCUUCGGGCGUGUGCGAGUGGUGGCAUAAUCUUGGCCUUCUUGGCCAUUUCGGCUCUCCAUUUCUUUUCCUCACCUUUGUGCGUCGGAUCGGAAACUCCGCUCCGUCAGUCAGUCGGUCAAUCAGUCAGCUUUGGAGCUGCCUUUGCUUUUGGCUUUGGCUUUAGCUUGGCUCAGUCGCCGCCGAAGUCGAAGUCGAAGUCAAAGUCGCUGCCGAAGCCGAAGCCGCCGCUCUGCCCAGGUGAGCCAGCCGCAUAG